CCCUCUUCCUGUGGGGGAGGAGCAGGAAGAUGGCGACACGAAGCGUCUUCGCUUCGCUCCUCGUCGCUACCUUCAUUGCCUCUUUGCUUCCUGCGCCGGCUUCUUGCGAUGGCUCCCGGUGGGAGCGUCGCCUGCGCGUGGUGACGACGGCGCUGCACGAGUACCAGCCGUGCGUGCAGCAAAACUGCUCGUGCCAUCGCGGGGUGCUGGAGUCGGACCUCGCCCCGUUCAGCGGGGGGAUCGCAGAGGCCGACGUGAAGGAGAUGGUGGCACGGGGCGUCGGCACGCACUACCAGGUGUUAGCCCACCGGCUGUACCGCGAGGACGCGUGCAUGUUCUCCGCUCGGUGCAGCGGGGUUGAACACUUCCUGCUGGAGUUGCUGCCGGAGCUGCCGGACAUGGAGCUGGUGGUGAACGUGCGCGACUACCCGCAGGUGCCGGCAUGGAUGCCGCUGCGUCCCGUCUUCUCCUUCAGCAAGACAAAGGAGUACCGGGACAUCAUGUACCCGGCGUGGACGUUCUGGGAGGGCGGCCCUGCCGUGUGGCCCCUCUACCCUACGGGGCUUGGACGCUGGGACCUCAUGAGAGACGACCUAAGCAAGACCGCAGCACGGUGGCCUUGGGAGAAGAAGAAGACUCGGGGGUUUUUCCGCGGCUCCAGGACGAGUGCGGAGCGAGACCCCCUGGUGCUGCUGUCUCGGCGCGAGCCAAAACUCGUGGAUGCCGCCUACACCAAAAACCAGGCGUGGAAGUCGGACAAGGACACGCUGGGAAUGCCACCGACGAAGGAAAUCGGCCUGGUUGACCACUGCCAGUACAAGUACCUGUUCAACUUCCGCGGCGUGGCGGCGAGCUUCCGCUACAAGCACCUCUUCCUGUGCGGCUCACUCGUGCUACACGUAGGCGACGACUGGCAUGAGUUCUUCUACCAGCAGCUGAAGCCCUGGGUCCACUACGUGCCCGUGCAGGCAGGAUCUCUCCGACGUCCGCUCCAACUGGCCUAA